GAGUUUCAGGCUGCAGCGAAGAGAUGCAGUCCGACUUCACGCUCCCACGUCGCGAGGCCAGCUGGAUUCGCGCGCGAGCGUGCCAAGGUUUCACCGCCAGGCGGCGCGAACGGAACUAUCUUUAGAGAGGCUGCUAUCGAAAACCUGUGUUGGAGGGGCGUCGAGUGUUUUGCGACUGCGGCGAGCGUCGGCAGGAGCGAGAGCGUCGCGCUGCGAGCAUGGCACAGGGUCCUGUGAUCGUUAUCGGCGCUGGUGUAAGCGGGCUGGCAGCGGCCCGACUGCUUCGAAAAGAAGGCGUCGAGGUGAUCGUCCUCGAAGCCCGGGAUCGCGUUGGUGGACGGACCUACACGGUUCAGGGAGAACACUUUGGCUACUUGGACAUCGGAGGCGCCUACAUCGGAGGAACUCAAGACCAUGUCCUCCGCGUUCUCCGAGAAGUUGGCCUGGCAGACAAGCUGUACUGCGUCUACUACGAGAACAAAUGCGUCUUCACGAUCCUGGGAAGGCGGUACGUGACCCGCGACGGCGAUUUCCCCACAUUCUGGAACCCGUUCGUGAACAUGGACACCAACAACUUCUUCAGAAAGCUGGAUCAGAUGGGAGAAGAGAUUCCUGCCGAUGCUCCCUGGGACGCGCCUCACGCUGAGGAGUGGGACCGAAUGACGUUCCAAGACUUCAUUGACAAAACCUGCUGGACAAGGGUCGGCAAAGUGUUUGCCCAGUUCUUCAUUGCUAUCAAUGUGACUUCAGAGGCCUACGAAUCAUCUUUACUCUGGUUCCUGUGGUACGUGAAGCAGUGCGGUGGGGUCAAGAGGAUCAUUUCCGUAAAGAACGGAGGCCAGGAACGAAAACUCAAGGGAGGCAUGAUGCAAGUCAGUCUGAGGAUGGCGGAAAGCUUGGGAGACAGAGUGAAGCUAAGAUCGCCCGUCACGGCCGUCGCACAGGAGACGGACCACGUCGUCGUAACCACUCAGGAUGGCCAGCGAUACAAGGGCAGCCACGUCAUCAUGGCUAUGUCGCCUACCAUCCAGAUGAAGAUGCACUACUCGCCGCCUCUGCCGCCUCUCCGCAACCAGCUGCUUCAACGUAUGCCCUUGGGCUCUGUAUGGAAGUGCCUAGUCUACUACAAGGAACCCUUUUGGAGAAAAAAAGGUUACUCCGGCUCUAUGUUGUUCACUCUGGCAGAGGACUGCCCCGUAGUCUACACCAUCGAUGACACCAAGCCUGACGGGAGCUAUCCGGCCAUCAUCGGCUUUCUUCCGGCAAACAAAGCUAGAACAUUGUUGAAGCUGAAGCCAGAGCAGAGAAAAGAGAUGAUAAUCAAGAGCUACGCAGAGGCCAUGAAGACCGAGGAAGCACUUCAUCCUAUUCAUUACGAAGAGUUCAACUGGGCUGGAGAGCAAUACUCUGGUGGUUGCUACACUUCCAUGAUGCCCCCCGGCCUGCUCACGACCUUCCGGAGCGUGCUGCGGGAUCCUAUUGGACGCCUGUUCUUUGCGGGUACGGAGACGGCGACCGAGUGGUCGGGCUACAUCAACGGCGGCAUCCAGGCCGGAGAGAGAGCGGCACGAGAGGUGCUGCACGCCCAGGGAAAGCUUCCCAAGGACCAGGUCUGGCAGAAGGAGCCUCCCAAUGACUUGAUCGUGAGCCAACCCUUCGUGGACACGUUUGCGGAAAAGUACAUGCCGUCCGUGCCGGCGUUCUUGACUGCGGCGAGCCUGCUGGCAGUACCAGGCCUCGCACUCAGCUGCUUCCUGCUCGUCAAAAGAGACCUGCUUAGGUUUAACUACUCAGAUUUGUGAUUC